CUCUCUCUCUCUCUCUCUCUCCUCUCUCUCUCUCUCUCUCUCUCUCUCUCUCUCGUUGGCAUCUAGGACAACAAAAAAUUAUCAUUGAAUAUGCUAGGCGACAUUUGUUUCUAUUACAGACAUGCUUGUUAUAUCUUAAAAUGAAAAUUUAGCUGAAUAGUGUUCUAAAAAGUCUUUCGUUCCAGAAUUUUACCUGGAUCAAAUUAACAUGUCUCAAUAAGAAGAAAUGCAUGGUUGUCCUAACGAAGCGCUUCGAGAUUAUUGAUGAUUUUUUCAAAGUCGGCGAUGUCCCAUAUUCUGACAUGGGAGUAUUUACAAAUAGCCUUCAUCUAUAAAAGGAGGGACCGCACGAGCCAUUUGCUUCGUACGAUUCGACGGCAAGCCCAGCAGACGACACCGUGAACCAAACUAAAGAUGCCGGCCUACAAGCUUUACUAUUUCAACGCCAAGGGCAGAGCGGAGGUAUGUCGCUUGCUUUUUGCUGCAGCAGGGGCCAAGUAUGAGGACAUUAGGAUCGAAGGCACUGAGUGGCCCAAGAAAAAACCAAGCAUGCCCCAGGGCAGUAUGCCAGUGCUGGAGGUGGAUGGUAAGAUGAUCCCUCAGUCCAGGGCGAUAGAGCGCUUCUUGGCCCGGGAGUUCGGUCUUUACGGUAAAACAAACAUGGAUGCUGCAAAUAUAGACGUGGUAUGCGAAACAGUGACUGAUUUCUUCCAGGCUCUGUUCCCCGCAGUGUUCGGAAGUGACGAAGCAGUAAAGGCGGAGAAGAUGAAGGCAUUUAAAGAAUUCGUUCCUGUAUACAUGCAAAGAAUAGAAGAUUGCUUAAAGAAGAACGCAGGUGGAAAAGGGUUUUUAGUCGGUUCAAAUCUGACGAUGGCCGAUUUAGCAUUCCUCAGAACUCUGGAUGCCUUUGACAAAAUGGAGUUGAAAUUAACAGAUACACUGACUGCUUUAAGGAAACGCAUUGAGGCUGCGCCUAAAAUUGGAGCGUAUUUAAAAUCUAGGCCGGUAACGGAAAAUUAAUGUGAACUUCGUGCUAUGAUAAAUAGUAUGUAUAUAGGAAAAAUGAUAUGAUGCAGAAGGAAUAUUCUCAAGGAAUCUAUUACUUUAAUGAAUAUUUAUUAAAAAGCAGAAAUAUUU